AUGAAUAACCUUCUAUCUCAAUUACCUUAUUUCCCUUCGGAUGAAACAGAUCCACUUUUCCAAUUUUCAAAUGAUGAAUUAAUAUCUGAUAAAUUUCCUAUAACAAAGUAUCCAUUUGAUGGAUUUAUAAAUUUCCAUUCUUUAAAAAUAUGUAGUUCUAAUGCUAGACAAAUGUCAAAAUAUUUUCAGUUGUCAAUGGGAUUUAAAGAAAUCGCUUAUAAGGGCUUAGAGAAUGGAUCAAGAUUAGUUGCGUCACAUGUUAUAUCUAAUGGUAAUAUAUUUUUGGAAAUUGUCAAUACAUUAGAAACAAUUAAAGAAGAUCAAAAUUUAUUAAAUUUUCCUUAUUCAUUGAAAGAUUUAAAAGAAUUUGAAAAUUUUGAUAAUAAAUUCAAAACAUAUUUAGAAGAAUUUAAAAUCACAGCUGAAGAUUUGUUGUGGGAUUUUAUUAAUAACAAAACUGAUAAUUUAAGUUCGAAUCCUAUAAACUGUUUAAAAUUUAGUCGAUGUAUAUAUGAAACUAUUCUAAAAAAUGAAAAUUAUAAAUAUACAACAAAUGAAUUGAAAUCUUACAUAUUGAAUGUUUUAAAUAAUUCAGAAAUAAUAUAUAAUGAUAUAAUGGAAUGUAUAUUGAUUCAAAAUUUUCUAAAAAAUCACGCCGAGGGAGUAAUGGAUAUGGCAUUAAAUGUUAAUAAUGUGGAGAAAAUUUUCUACAAAUCUAUUCAAUCAGGUGCUGGUAUAAUAAGACCAUUGAAAAUAAUAAGUGAUCAUAAUGGUUCAAUAAAGACUGCGACAAUAACUGUACCAAAUUCAGACAUUCAACAUACUUUGAUUGAAAAUAUAAAUUAUUCAGGACCUUUUAAACCAGGUUAUUCUGAUCCCUUGAAUAAUAUGUUUGAAUAUGAUAACCAAUUGAACAAGUUACCUAAAAUUCAAUUAACAUCAAUUGAUCAUUGUGUUGAAAAUUAUUCAUGGAACCAAAUGAUUGAUCAAGCCAAAAUUUAUGCGGAUAUGUUUGGCUUCCACAAAUAUUGGUCAGUUGAUGAAAUGGAUGUAAGUACAGGUUUCACUGCUUUAAGAUCAAUUGUAAUGAGUUCUAGUAAUGGUCAAAUUAAAAUCCCAAUAAAUGAACCAGUUAAAUCUAAAUAUAGAGGUCAAAUUGAAGAGUUUAAUGAUUUUUAUGGUGGACCAGGUAUACAACAUAUUGCACUACGUACAAAUAAUAUAAUAAGAACAGUAAAAUCAAUGAUUGAAAGAGGUAUUGAAUUUAAUCAUGCAAGCGAAAAUUAUUAUAUAAAUUUAAAGAAAAGAUUAGAUGAACAUGAAAUCAAGUUGUAUGAAGAUUACGAAGAAAUAAAAAAAUUAAAUAUUUUAAUUGAUUUUGAUCCAAAUACAAUAAAUAAAAAAUCCAAAAAAUGUAAUUAUAUUUUACAAAUUUUUUCAAAACCAUUACAUGAUAGACCAACUUUAUUUAUAGAAAUUAUUCAAAGACAUCAUCAUAAUGGAUUUGGAAAGGGAACUUUUAAGGGAUUAUUUGAAACUAUUGAAGAACAACAAAAAUUAAGAAGAACUUUUUAUGAAGUAGAUUAA